AUGGACCACGACAGGUUGAAUUCGCCGAGCACGUCGGCUAUUUCGCUGGAGGUGAUGGACCACCGGCUACAUAUUUCACAGGAUCCAAACUCCAAGCACCUUGGGACCACAGUCUGGGAUGCAUCAAUGGUGUUUGUCAAGUUCUUGGAAAAGAAUAGCAGAAAAGGUCGGUUUUGUCCAUCCAAGUUAAAAGGAAAGAGAGUGAUUGAAUUAGGAGCUGGCUGUGGUCUAGCUGGGUUUGGAAUGGCGUUGUUAGGUUGUGAUGUUACAACAACUGACCAAGUCGAGGUGCUCCCACUGCUCAUGAGAAAUGUUGAACGCAACAGAUCUUGGAUUUCACAAUCGAAUUCUGACUCAGAUUCCAUCGGCUCAAUUACAGUUGCAGAAUUGGAUUGGGGGAACAAAGAACAUAUCAAGGCCGUUGAACCUCCAUUUGAUUACAUCAUUGGAACUGACGUUGUUUAUUCAGAGCAUCUGUUGCAACCUCUAAUGGAGACAAUUACUGCAUUAUCUGGUCCCAAAACAAAAAUAUUGCUAGGAUACGAGAUCCGUUCGACCACAGUCCACGAGAAGAUGAUGGAAAUGUGGAAAAGCAAUUUCAUUGUGAAAACAGUCUCUAAAUCAAAGAUGGAUGUGAAAUAUCAACAUCCUAGCAUACAUCUCUACAUGAUGGACCUGAAAGCACCAUUGAUCCCGGAGGUUGAGGCUACCGAUAAUGGGAACGACGAGGAAGAGGUUGUUUCGAAUCCAGGGGAAGACGAAGAUCCUGGAGUGAAGAGCGACUCUUGUUCCGGCUCGUCACCAGAGGCUAAGAGCGGCGGUCUGGAUGAUUGGGAAAUCAGAAGGUGUGGGGCUAUGGCUGCAAGGCUUCUGAAGGAUGUGAAACUGUAA